AUGGCCACCGCGGCUGUCGUGCGUCCGGGUCAAGCGCGCACGUCACAGCGUCGCGAUGGCCUCAAAUCGAAUAUUGCAUCACUGAAGCGGGCGAACAUGAAUGGCACUGGCACUGCCGCUGCGGUAGAAGAUGGGAGCGAGCCCGCCAGCAAGAGGCAGAGGACAGAUCGAGCCCCGGCGCCGGCGCCAGCAGUGCGGACGCGCGACUGGAUCCUCAAGCAGCACGCCGGCAAACCACCGUCCAUGAUACUACACCUCCACCCCACCUACUUCCGCUUCGACACGCAGGAGGGCAGCUAUGCCUACGAUGGGCCCAUGAAGUUCAUCAUCGAGGCUUUAAAGAAGCAGCGUAUACCGCACGAAAUGCUGGACGAGAUCCAUGCCAACAAUGUGCCCUUCUACCAUGGCUGUCUGAUCAUCGAAGUACAUAAUCACCGCACGGCAAGUGCAAAGGACAAAGGCAGGAACGAUUCGCCCGCCGAUGGAGGCCCAGGCCGCUACUCGAUGCAUGUCUACAACAAUUACAUAACACCCUCGGGUUUUGCGCCAUAUCCCAAGAAGGCCAAGGAAGAACAGCCGGGCGCCGACGUCGACGCUGACCAAGAGACGAAGAAGGGAGCAGAGAAGAGUGCUAGCAAGGAGAAGAAUGGACCUCAAAUUGCCAGCGUGGUACUGUUCCCCACAGAACUGUCCAUGCACUACGACAUGAUGAUUUUGGCAAGAACACCAGCAUCAGAUCUUACAAGAAGCAAGAAGAAGGGAGCUGAUGGCGCGCAACCCCCCACUCCCUCGCUCGCUGUCCCACCUACACCCAUUGGAGGUGCAGUGAAAGGAGACGGCAAGAUGUGUCUAGAAGAGAAGGACUUCUACCAGUGGCAGGCGGAUGUUCUGGUCGAGACUGAGCGCAACCUCAUGCUCGGGCCUGUCGACGGGCCCGAAACAGCUCACAAAGUCUUGGACGCGUUGGCCCACCCUCUACAUCAAGACAUGCCACCGCCGGUCAAGACUCGUAAGAGAACUACAGCAGAGAUGGCUGCAGAUGAUGAGAAGGCUGCCGAGGCGGAGCGUAGAAUGCUCAUUAUGGACGAGCGCAUCAAGCCUUCCUCUGGCCCUGGCGCAGCCGCAAGCGAGAAUGCAGGCGCAGCGGCUGCGCUCGGCUUCGGUAGAUUCAAGACGAUCCAGAUGGUGCGAGAAAAGCAUGAGGAGCAAGAGCGCCAGAAGAAGGAAGAAGAGGCUCAAGUUGUUCUGCAACGUCGUCAGCAAGAAGAGCAAGCCAACGCCCAGGCUGCCCAAGCACGAGCCCAAGAAGCGAAGCAACGGCAAAUCAUGGCGCAGCGACAGAACAUGGCCAGACAACAGCACGAGCAGCAACGAAUACAAGCCGCUCAACUCCAGGCGCAGCAGGCCACACUCUUAGCCCAGAAUCAUGCUCAUCCUCAGCCGAAUAACAUGAUGAUGAAUCAGCAAAACAACUUCCAGCACCCAGCAUCAAUGGCACAAUCAAGUCCCGUCGUUCGCCAGCAGACUCCAUCAAUGAUGAACUCCUCGCCGAUGCUGGCGCAGGGUGGCUUCCCCAUGGCUGCCACAACCAGUCAAGGAGCCGGCAGCCCACAACGGCCCGCUUCAGCAACCAUACAGAACCCAAAUGUUGCCAAUGCGAUGGCUCGACAGGUCAGUCAGCAGCAGCACCCAAGCCGAAACGCGACUCCACAAAUGCCGCAAGCUACGCCGCACAUGCAAAAUGCAGGACACACUAGGCAAAUGUCGCAAACACCGCGCAUGCCUCAAGCAAGUCCGGUACCUGGCACGCCUGCAGCGGCCAUGGCUCUGGCGACUCCGCAAGUGGGUAAUGGCAUGACGCCCGAGCAGCUUGCAAUGCUGCAGGCACAGCAAAGGAUGCAAGCCGCGCAAAAUGGCAUGUCGCCUGGGCAGCAUAAUCCAAAUCAGAUGUCUGCUAUGACACCCGAACAGAUUCAAAAUAUUCGCCAACAUCACUUGCGUCAACAACAACAACAGCAGUUCAUGGCCCAGGCUCAAGGCAACCCGCAGAUAGCAGCAGCACUUGCUCAGCGUCAAGCUAUGAUGAUGAGACAACAGCAACAGCAGGUCGCCGCACAGCAAAGACUCAUGCAAGCACAGCAACAGCAAGCUUCGCACGCCGGCAGUCCUCAUCCCGGAAUGCAGGGCACUCCACAGAUGAAUCAUGGACAUCCUCAAGGUGGCGAUAGCGGUCAUCAAAUGACCCCUCAGCAACAAGCCGCACGACAACAAAUGCAGCAGCAGCAAAUGCGACAAGCUCAACUACAACUCGGUCAGCUCUCACAGCAGUAUGGAGGCUUGGGCAAUGUUCCUCAGCAAAUGAUUUCAAGUCUCCCUCCAGCAGUUCAGAUGCUCUUCCGCCAACAAAUGCAACGAAGCCAAGCUGUACGCGCCCAACAAAUGGCCGCUCGAGCCCAGCAAGCUCAACAUCAGGGCCAGACCGUGGCUGGCACAUCUACCAGCGAUCCCGAAUUCAUGCAAACUAUACGUGCACAUCAAGCUAUGCUCGCUCAGCAGCAGCAACAGCAGCAACAGCAGCAGCAGCAAAGUAAUAUGAAUAUGAGUAAUGGAAUGGGAGGCAUGAGUAUGGCUGGAAACAUGCAGUUUGCUGGCCAAAACCAGGCUAUGCAGAGGGCUUUGCAGAAUCAGAAUAAUCAGCAGGCUGGAGGGAUGCAUAAUGUCGAAGUAGCCCUCAUCCUUGACAUCAUCAAAAUGUCGCUUUUGAUGCAAUUCCCACGAGGAUAUUCAUUCAUUCUUUCCGACAUUACGACACUCCACGAUUCUUUCUUUACAUCAUCCUCCUCAAGCAAGAACUCGCCAUUCCCCUAUAAAUGCCCUCCCUCCCUCAAAUCCAUACCACGCAUUGAUUCAUUUAUUCUUCUUCUCAUCAGUUGUACGACAUAUCAUGAAUACGACAGUCAGUCAAAUUUCUCACCUCUCAUGAAGCUUCCUUCUCAGGCGGAGAUGGGGGGGGGGGGUAAGGUGUUUUUACAAAAGAGGACGUGGACAAGCAUCGACUUGAUGGUGGGUGGGAAAAAAUUGGAAAAAGAGGUUCGGCACAGCACAGCACAGCGCGGAUUGGUCUUGUCUUCUUCUUCUCUUCACAUUAUGUCAUUAAGAUCCAUCUCAUCCAGUCCAAAUUCAUUCGUUCGUUUUCCCUCUCCUCUCCUUCAUCGUCUGUCCGUCCGUCUGUCUCUUGACGUGACUCGUACCCGUUCGUUCAUCUAUACCAUGCCCUUCCCACUCGUACAUCCCAUGCAUGAUCUGUUCUCUUCGUAUGUCAUUUCCCAGCCGUUUCAUUUCAUACGUUAAGUUUUUAAAAAAAAAACUCCAAAAAAGCGCCAUCGCUCAAAAUACCAUGUCAAAAAAAAAAAAAAGUCUCGUGUCCUGCUACACCUCCUCAUCCCGCUCUAACACGAUCGAUACCAAAACAAUCCCUUCCAUCUCUUCCAGGGAAUCUCGAAAAUGCAUAUCGUGAGGGUCCGCCACCGAUUGGAGCGUCAACAGCGACUGGGACGGGCUGACUCUGAGCUGCGACUCUUGCUCGUCCGUAUCCGCGGACACUGUCUGCCAAGGAGACCUUGCUUUCGGUGGGUGGAAGGCCGCCUGAGGCGAGUGGUGCAUAAUAGCCAGAAUUAUCACCUCGCUCAUGCCUCGCUGAUGAUGAAGAUAGGAGUCGUGUGACGAGAUCGAUCUUGCUGACUGGGUUGCGGAAAGCGAAGUCGUCGAGAAGUCGAGAUUGGUAGACGCAGUCUCGGAUGCCGGCGAAGCUGUUGAGAUGAGGUGGAAGUGCGGCGUGGCGGAGGGUGG